GAGGCAACUGCUCCGCUAGGGCCGGUCAGACCGGUUUGGGCCGCCCCGCCUGGCUCUCCGCUGGGAGGAGCCGCCGCCAGUGGGUCCAUCGGUCCCGCCUUCGGGACGCCCGCGCGUCCGGACCCAGUGCCGAGGGGGCUCGGAGCAGGCGGGCGGCGCCGGUGCUGGGCGCCCGCGGGGAUGGGGGGCGAGCGGCCGCAUUACUACGGGAAGCACGGAACACCGCAGAAGUAUGACCCUACCUUCAAAGGACCCAUUUACCACAGGGGCUGCACAGACAUCAUUUGCUGUGUGUUCCUCCUCCUGGCCAUUGUGGGCUAUGUGGCUGUAGGCAUCAUAGCCUGGACCCAUGGGGACCCUCGAAAGGUGAUCUACCCCACUGAUAGCCGAGGCGAGUUCUGCGGGCAGAAGGGCACAAAAAAUGCGAACAAACCCUACCUGUUUUAUUUCAAUAUUGUGAAGUGUGCCAGCCCCCUGGUCCUGCUGGAAUUCCAGUGCCCCACCCCCCAGAUCUGCGUGGAGAAAUGCCCCGACCGUUACCUCACCUACCUGAACGCUCACAGAUCCCAGGACUUUGAAUACUACAAGCAGUUCUGCGUGCCUGGCUUCCAGGGCAACAAGGGUGUGGCUGAAGUGCUUCGGGAUGGCGACUGCCCUGCUGUCCUCAUCCCCAGCAAGCCCUUGGCCCGGCGAUGCUUCCCAGCCAUCCACGCCCACAAGGGGGUCCUCAUGGUGGGCAACGAGACAACCUAUGAGGACGGGCACGGCUCUCGAAAAAACAUCACAGAGCUGGUGGAGGGUGCCAAGAAGGCCAAUGGGGUCCUGGAGGCGCGGCAGCUGGCCAUGCGGAUAUUUGAAGAUUACACAGUUUCCUGGUACUGGAUCGUCAUAGGCCUGGUCAUCGCCAUGGUGAUGAGCCUCCUGUUCAUUGUCCUGCUCCGCUUCCUGGCUGGCAUUAUGGUCUGGGUGAUGAUCAUCAUGGUGAUUCUGGUGCUGGGCUACGGAAUAUUUCACUGCUACAUGGAGUACACGCGACUGCGUGGCGAGGCCGGCUCCGACAUCUCCCUGGUGGACCUCGGCUUCCAGACAGACCUCCGCGUGUACCUGCACUUGCGGCAGACCUGGAUGGCCUUCAUGAUCAUUCUGAGCAUCCUUGAGGCUGUUAUCAUCUUACUGCUCAUCUUUCUGCGGAAGAGAAUUCUCAUCGCCAUCGCACUCAUCAAAGAAGCCAGCAGGGCCGUGGGAUACGUGAUGUGCUCUCUGCUCUACCCACUUGUCACCUUCCUCCUGCUGUGUCUUUGCAUCGCCUACUGGGCCAGCACUGCUGUCUUCCUGUCCACUUCCAACGAAGCUGUCUAUAAGAUCUUUGAUGAUGGCACCUGCCAAGUUGCCGGGAAAACCUGCAACCCUGAGACCUUCGCCUCCUCCAAUGAAUCUCGCCUGUGCCCCGGUGCCCACUGCCAGUUCGCCUUCUAUGGUGGUGAAUCCGGCUAUCACCGGGCCCUGCUGGGCCUGCAGAUUUUCAAUGCCUUCAUGUUCUUCUGGCUGGCCAACUUCGUGCUGGCCCUGGGCCAGGUCACGCUGGCUGGGGCCUUCGCCUCCUACUACUGGGCCCUGCACAAGCCAGACGACCUGCCUGCCUUCCCACUCUUCUCUGCCUUCGGCCGGGCGCUCAGGUACCACACAGGCUCCCUGGCCUUUGGUGCCCUCAUUCUGGCCAUUGUGCAGAUCAUCCGAGUGAUGCUCGAAUACUUGGAUCAGCGCCUCAAAGCUGCGGAGAACAGGUUUGCCAAGUUCCUCAUGACCUGUCUCAAAUGCUGCUUCUGGUGCCUGGAGAAGUUCAUCAGAUUCCUCAACAGGAAUGCCUACAUCAUGAUUGCCAUCUACGGCACCAACUUCUGCACCUCGGCCAGGAAUGCCUUCUUCCUGCUCAUGAGAAACAUCAUCAGAGUGGCUGUCUUAGACAAAGUUACCGACUUCCUUUUCCUGUUGGGCAAACUUCUGAUCGUGGGUAGUGUGGGGAUCCUGGCAUUCUUUUUCUUCACCCACCGUAUCAGGAUUGUGCAGGACACAGCACCGCCCCUCAAUUAUUACUGGGUCCCUAUACUGACGGUGAUCAUCGGCUCCUACCUGAUUGCCCAUGGCUUCUUCAGUGUCUACGGCAUGUGUGUGGACACGUUGUUCCUCUGCUUCUUGGAGGACCUGGAGAGGAAUGAUGGCUCAGCCGAGAGGCCUUACUUCAUGUCUCCCAACCUCAAGAGGCUCUUGAACAAGACCAACAAGAAGCUGGCCGAGUCCUAAAGGCCCCGCUCCCCCGCGCCCCACACACCUCUCCAGAAAUCUCACACCGGGUGCUCGGCAGCUGGGCCAGAACCCUUGGCCCGCUGGGCUCACGUGAAGUCCUGUCACUGCCGCCCCCCCCCGCCCCGCCCCGACCCGUCCGGUCAUCACUGGACCCCAGGGACCUGAAAGAUUCGGGGCGUCUCCUCCCCUGUGCCGAGGGGCCUUCGGAGUUUUCCUGGCGGCGCCCCGAGACGCCACGAGUCACGCCAGCUCUCGCUGGCCUGGACGGGGAGAAGUCCGUUGAGGCCUCUGAUGUCCGACCUGCAGUGGGGCCCGACCUCUGUGGGCCGCCGCCCGCUUCCUGUCGCUGCCUUCCAACGGGGCAGUGUCUGCGUCUGCGACCGUGGUGGCCGAAGCGGGCUGCGGUUCCUCAGGCGCCCGUUCUCUCGUGUCUGCUCCGGCCAGGACCAAGCCCCUUCUCCAUGGCUGAACGGCUGACUCACAGGCUGCCACAUGCGUUUCUUUCUUUUUUUUUUUUAACCUGGACGUGCAUUAAAGGGUCUGUUAGCUUUUUCCUGUCUGUCUCAAAGGCUGAGCCGGGGCCAGCUGAGGAGUGCCUUCUGUUGUCCCCUCCCCGCCGAACGUGGCUGGGGUGGGAGUGGGGUGGCCAGGUGGGGGUGUCUCCUGGCAUGGGAGGCCACAGCAGGGGUGUCACGGAAGGAGAGGGAGCUAGUCUGUUGGGGGAGGGCAGCUGGGAGCAGAGCCGGUGCAGGAGGGAGGAGGCCGCUAAUGGCUGUUUGAUGGGAACCUGCUGGCUGGCUGGCUGGAGGAGUUGGGCCCGAUUUCCCCCCUUCUCCUGCCAGUUACUGACACAGCUCUCUUUGUAAGAGAGAAAGAACCUGAAUCCCCCAAGGGGCGAUUUCAGGGGAAGGGGUGGGUGGGGGCAGAUGCCGUGAGCAAACCGGGCCGCCUCUGCGCAGUCACCUCGCCUUGAGGAUUCUUUUGCCAAAUUUGUGGAACUCCAUGGACCUGGUCUCCUGGUUCCCCCUUCGCCACGUCCCAGGCCCCUGACUUCAUCAGCACCGUGUUAGGGUCCGGAAGAGGGAGAAACCCAGGCCUGGGGUCCCAGGCUCUUGUGUCUGCCCGCCAUCCCUCAGGCCCCCUCGUUCUGUCUGCACACUCUUGCGUGUUAACUGCAUUCCAACCACUAAUAAAGUGCCUAUUGUACAGAG